UCAAGUUUACAGAACAGAAUGAACCGUGUGGGAUGAAGUUGGAUAGCAACAUCGUCAGUCUUCCAGAGUGAUUUCUUUGGGCCACACUGUUGAUGGUGGAGAAGGUGUUUUGGAGUUCUUAGUUACUGCCACUAUGGAUUUUGAGACGUCAGGAGAGAUUUUUGAUGAAGAUGUGGCGACUCAGUAUAUGAUAGAACAGAGUCUUCCAGCAAACAAUAAUCAGACUGAAUUUAAGGACAUCUUAUCUGCAGAUGGAUGCAGGAUAAUACAAACUAGUCCAGAAAGGGAUAAAAUAUCCAGUGCCAUUAAACGAGGUGAUGAAGCUGAGCUUCGUAAGCUCACAAUCCACCAGUCUGCUUUCUCCGAGGAGGACAGUGCCGGCCAGAUUCCCUUACAUGAGGCAGCAAUGCAGAACAACCAGUACAUCCUGGAGAUCACUUUCAAAGCAUCUUCCACAGACGCAAAGUCUAGAAUAACUCAUCGGGGCAAGACAGCCCUCUUUUCAGCUAUAGAGAAGGGUCUCUUGGAAAAUGCCUGCUACCUUUUGGACAACGGGAGCAGCCCAGAUUGCCUGGAUCAUGAUGAAGACUCACCUCUUGUCAUUGCUAUACAAAACAACCACUAUGACAUGAUGAAGCUGCUUCUCUGCUUCAAGGCCAAUGUAAACCAAAAGUUGGCGCACUGUAGAACAGCCCUUCAUGAAGCUGCACGUUUGGGCCUGACAGAUUUUGCAAAAUUGCUGUUAAAGUCUGGAGCUGAUCCUGAUCCCAGGAGCACAUAUGGCCUCACACCUCUGGCCCUGGCAGCGCAAGCUGGCCACCUGGAGAUAGUGCAGGAACUCCUAUGCCGAGGGGCUGAUGUGGAUUCUCAAGCACAAGAUUGGGCUACUAUCCUUUAUGAAGCUUCUGCAUCCGGGAACCCUGAUGUCAUCUCUCUGCUGCUGGAGUAUGGUGCUGAUGCUAAUAUACCCAAACACACAGGUCACCUCCCAAUCCACAGAGUGGCCCAUCGUGGAUAUGUGAAAGCUCUAGCUCUCCUGAUCCCUGUGACCACACGGGAAGCAGUGGAAGAGAGCGGCAUGAGCCCCCUGCACUCGGCAGCAGCCGGUGGACAAACACAGUGUCUAGAGAUGCUCCUCAACGCCGGCUAUGACCCCAACUUCAUGCUUCACCCUCGGGUGAGGCGCAAUUAUGAUGACCAGCGCAGGUCCGUCCUGUACUUCACAGUAACCAAUGAAGAUAUGUGCUCCACCAAGUUGCUCCUGGAGGCUGGUGCAAUGCCCAACCAGGACCCAGUGAAGUGCUUGCAGGUGGCCUUGCGCCUAGGAAACUACCAACUGAUCGAUACCCUGCUGAGGUAUGGUGCCAACGUCAAUUACUUCUGCAGGGUGAACACCACGCACUUCCCUUCAGCUCUGCAGUACGCCCUGAAGGAUGAGGUUCUGCUUAGGAUGCUCCUUAACUAUGGCUACGAUGUGCAGCGCUGCUUUGACUGUCCAUAUGGGGACAGAGCUCACGUGCCUGAUGAUUAUGAGGGCUGGAGCAGCACUGUCAUCAAAGAUACCAUGUUCUGUGAGGUGAUAUGUGUUGACUGGCUGAAGCACCUCUCUGGAAGCGUGGUGCGUAUCAUGCUAGAUUAUGUUGACCAUGUCAGGUUUUGCUGCAAAAUUAAGGCAACUCUGAUGGAGCAAAAACAAUGGCCAGAAAUCUGCAAAAUUCAAGAGAACGUGCGCUGCUUGCAGCACCUGUGUCGACUAAGGAUCAGGAGAUGUUUGGGACGGCUGCGUCUCAGAGCUCCAGUCUUCAUGAGCUUCCUGCCUCUGCCGAACCGCCUGAAGGAAUACAUCUUAUACAAAGAGUAUGAUCUUUAUAGCCAGAGUUGCUAGGAACAGUUAAAAUCACGCAGAACUGUUCUUUGUUCCUACAAAUGAUUGUGUGAAUAUGUGUGUGAAUAGUGAAUAUGUAGAUAAGUGUAUAGAUUGGCAUUAAUGAACACAUUCAAAUGUUACAUGGCAUUUGGAUUAAGAAGAUAAAUAUACAGAGUAGAGGUCGACCGAUACUGGAUUUUACCAAUACUGAUAACUAAGUUAAAGUAAAGUAAGUAACUAUAGUAAAGUAACUAAGUAAUUUUUUUUAAUGAAACUUUAUUACAAAAAGAAACAGUACUAACUGUAACAUGAAAAUGUACUGUACUUGUACUGAACUGCACUGAAGUAAUAUAUAAAUAUUCAUAUGUAUAUAUUAAUUAUUAAUAAAUAUAAAAGUAAAUAAAAGAUAUGAACCAAAAUGUAACACUCCAAUAACUAAUAAAAAUAGAGACAUCUGAAACUAAUCGAAAAACACUUCAAAUAACACAACAAAAUUUGUCAGGUUUUAAUUUCACCUUUAGAGGCCGUUCUCAUACUGUAUAAUGACAGCAGACCCUUCUCCUCAGCGGCUUCAGCAAUGGAUGCAAUCGGGAAAAACAACCUGUGUGGAUUUUUGCAGAUAACCGACACUUCUAGUAAUCAGUUAUCGAUUAAACCGAUCGAUCUGAAAAACUAGACCUCUAAUACAGAGUGUAUGUAUACUUUUUCCUUGU